UUUUAUUUACUUUUUUAUUUACUUUUGAAGUCGGUUUUUUUUUUUGUUAAAAGUUAUUUUAUUUCACAAUUUUAAGUGAUGGGUAGACCAAGCAAGGAUGCUUCUCGAAUGAGAAGACGUCGAUUCCUUGAAACGAAAGAUGAUAGACGGAAACGAUUAGACAAAAUUAAAAUACAUGCUAAUAAGAAGAGAGAAAAUGAAACACUAGAGGAACGUAAAAAGAGAUUGUCGGCUAUGAGAGCUUAUGUAUCAAAAAGACUAACGAACGAAAGUCAAGAAGAUCGUACUCACCGGCUCAGUUUGAUCCAUGAACGCUUAUCAAACGAGACUGAUGAAGCCCGUACUCAACGGCUCAGUUUGAUCCAUGAGCGCUUAUCAAACGAGACUGAUGAAGCCCGUACUCACCGGCUCAGUUUGAUCCAUGAGCGCUUAUCAAACGAGACUGAUGAAGCCCGUGCUCACCGGCUCAGUUUGAUCCAUGAGCGCUUAUCAAACGAGACCGAUGAAGCCCGUGCUCACCGACUCCGUUUGAUUCAAGAGCGACGAUCAAAUGAAUCUGCUACACAACAAUCUCAACGAUUAAGUUACUUACGUAACAGUUCCGCACUAAGGGUACUUAAUGAAACUCCAGAAGAAAGGGCCAGUCGAUUGACUGUUCUAAGACAAGUAUCAAGUCGCUUGAGAAAUACUCGUAUAUUAGGAGUUGAACAAUUUCGAGCGGCAAUUAAUGUUUUCGCAGAUUUACCAUGUGCUAUAUGUAAAAAAAUGCUUUAUCCACAACAGCGUAUUAAUUUACGCCCGGCAGCAUUCAGUUCUAUACUACCUUCAGAAUUAAUCACAGCUGAUAGGAUAAUAACGUGUUGUCGAUGCUCUAAUACUUUGAAAAAACGAAAAAUUCCAUCUCAAGCCUAUUGGAAUAAUAUGGUUGUUGCAAAUGUGCCACAUGAAUUAGCAGACUUAAACGAAACGGAAAAAAGAUUUCUAUGCAGAGUAGUGCCAUUUAUUAAAAUAAUAAAAUUACAGAACCGAUUAAGCCAAGAUUGGUGUAAAGGUCAAGCAGUCUUAUUUGCCAAAGAUGUCGUAGAGUUAGCCGAACAACUACCACUUCACCCAAACCAGGCUGGAUUAAUACUAAUUAUAGAAAGCUUAGAAAACAUUCAACGUUCUAAAGAAUUCGUGGUUGAUAUUGAUAAAUUAAAAAUUGCAUUAAGUUGGUUAAUGUCUAACAAUGUUCUUUAUAGGGAUGUUCGACCUCAUUUUAGCAAUGCUAUUGAUAUUUCGGAAUCAAUACAGGUGACGGGUGAACUACCCGAUCAUGAAGAAGAACCUGUAGCAGCAAUGAGACCAACUAGAAAUAUUGACAAUUUUAAGCAUUUAAAUGAUGAUAUAAGUAUUUUGCGUGGUUCAUAUCAUCAAGGUGAUGCUAGAUUCAGUUCCGAAUCUCAGGGCAGACAAUGUACUGCUAUUGCAACAGUUUCUUGUGUGGCUUUUCAUCUCAUUGAUCCAAACUCAUUGUGCCAAAGUGAUAUAGACUACAUUUUGAUUAUAGGUGACAAAUAUUAUUGUGAUUGCAUAGCAACUCGACCUAAUAUUGAUGAUUCAAACUCGGAGUAUUUAGCAGCUACAGAACUUUUGCCAUAUAUAACAUUUAAUAGACAACAAGUCAACAUUACCGGUUAUGAGCAACCUAUUUAUAACGGUCAUUUAGUAAAUGACGACAGCGAAAAUUCUUUCCCCAAUUUAAAAAAUGCUCUGAAUAGAUUCUUUAAUGAACAUUCGUAUGGUUUGAUAACCUCUAAUCUCACAACAGUAGCUGUGCAUUGCAAACGUGAAUUAGAAUCUGUUACGUAUUUUUUGUUUGAUUCUCACGCACGUGGUGCUAAAGGUUUUAAAGCCCCAUUACACGGAACAGCUUGUUGUAUGAGAUUUAAAAAUAUUGAUAGUUUAUAUAACGUUUUGCGUAGGAAUUUGACUGUUAAAAAUUCUUCUAAUCCAUACACAUUAAAUGUUUAUUCAUUGACAGCACUUUUUUUAACAUUAGUAUCAUGCAUUGACAAUCAACCUGAACCUAAUACAAACAAUAGCGUACCGAUAUCAAACUCUACAAUUCAGGCUGGUGAACAUGCGUUACAACGACCACGAAAUUUGGAAUCUACAAUGUUAAUAGAGACUACCAGUAUGCUUUGCGGUGUUGAAGAAACAGUGCCGGCCUUAGAAAGUGUUGUGGAUUUCAAUAAUGUAAAUUCAGUAACUGAGUUGAGAUUAGCCGAAAUUAAGAGAAAAACUGCGCCACCGCUGAAUUUUGAACGAGAGCGUCGACUAGAAGAGCUGGCCUGGUAUUUUCUUUUCCCAGAUGGUAAAAAUGGACUCCAUGAGGAAAGAAAUAUACCUAUCACCCCAUUAGAUUACUUUCAGAGCCGAAUAAUGUCUAAUGACAGACGAUUUCAUAGAAACGAUUAUUUAUUUUAUGCUUUAUCAGUUGUUGAAUAUUACAGAGCAAAGUCAAGCAUUUCUGUGUCAUGUAGAAUGCGUCAAGCUCAGGGAGAACAAACUCCACAAGGUCUUGUUGAUAAUAUUCACCUCACAAUGAGGAACAUCAGAGGUUCAGCAUCCUAUUGGAGAAAAUGUUGUUCCGAACUGAUUGCAAUGGUAAGAACUUUAGGGCCUCCUUCGUGGUUUUUAACUUUCUCGUGCAAUGAUUUACAUUGGCCAGAUAUGAUAAAAGCAUUACUUAUAGCAGAUAAUCGCAGUAUUCAUGAAAUUGACGAAAUUACAUUUGAAAUGAAGCUUAAUUUAGUUCAAAAAUAUCCAAUAGUAGUUUCCAGGCAAUUUUUAUUACGAAUAAAUGCGCUGAUGAAUUAUAUUAAACUAAACGAUAACUGCUUAGGGGGUAAAGUUGUGGAUUAUUGGCACCGAAUCGAGUUCCAAAAUAGAGGUAGCCCACACCUUCAUAUGUUAGUAUGGUGUGAGGGUCUUCCUGAUUUUUCCACUCCAGAAGGUAUUACAGUUAUUGAUAAAGUGAUUUCUUGUUCUUUAAAUCCAGAUAACGAUACAUUGAAAGCAUUGGUAGAGAACGUACAAAUCCAUAAGCACACUAGCACAUGCUAUAAGAACCGUACUAACCAAUCCUGUCGAUUUGGAUUUCCAAGGGCACCUUGUGAUAAUACUCUUUGUUUAGGACCAGAUGAAGCUUUAGCCAAUAAUGGGCGAUUUUGUAACCUUAGACGAACAGCUGCUGAAGGUAUGGUUAAUAAUUAUAAUGCAGAUUUGUUAGGGCUAUGGGAAGGCAACAUUGACGUGCAACCUUGUGGAAAUGUUACUGCUGUUUCCUAUUACGUUGCGAAAUACGUUAGCAAAUGUGAACCACACGAUAGUGGUGAUGUAAUACGUGAAACAAUUACUAGGGCUAAGAGGCAAGGGGGUACAGUAUGGCAUCAGUUAUUCAAGGUGGCUAUGGCAAUAUUGUCACAACGUCUGGUAAGCGCACCUGAAUGUGCUUUUAGAUUAUGUCAUUUACCUCUUAAGAUGAGUUCACGGAAGGCUGUGUUCGUUAACAGUUGCAAACCUAAUGAAAGAUUUAGGCUUUUACGAGUUGAAGGCAAUGACUCAUCAAUUUAUAACAACAUUUUUGACCGCUAUGUACAAAGACCCGAUGAUCUCGAAAACCUGAGUCUGGCUGAAUUUGCUGUACGCUUUGAGACGGUUUCACAUCCAGCGUGGAAUGAAGAAGAUGGCGACGAGGAAUUGAGAGAAACGCAUAGUGAGCCCCUGCGUUUUAUUAAAUUAAGAGACAACACUCGAAUGCGCAUUCGGAAUAGGCUCGCAGUUCUUCGCACUAGAUACUUUACUAUAAAUAGUGACAAAGAAAGCUAUUAUUAUAGCUUACUUGUAUGCCAUCUACCUUUUCGAGACGAACAUAGCCUUUUACUAGAUAAUGAAACUGCAGAGGCUUGUUUUUUGAGACGGCAAACUGAAUUACGGUUAUUACCCCAAAUAGUCAAAAAGAUCGCACGACUGUCUUCCGGCUCCAUCAUCAGAUUUACUGCAUAUCUUUAGUUUUUUAAUUUUAUUUUAUACU